UAUCGGCUUUCCAGUUUACUCGUGUUAUCGAUAAUCAUGUUUUUGUUUUGUUUUUUUUUAAAUACUCGAUUGCUCAGUUUUCUCUAGAUUGUCGUCUGUGGUGGACAGAAAUUUGUGUUGGGUGCUUGUUUCUCUCGUGGUGCAUUGUACAUCUGCUUCGUACAUGAUCUACGCAAAAGAUGUGACAUAUUUUUACAGGAUAAAAAAGUACAAGGUGUUCAAAAAUGUCGAAAGAUAAGGACAAUUCUCCUAACUGUAAUGUGGUGUGUUCAAUAAGCAGUUACAGCGACACUCGCCCUUCGACCAAUAAUAAAACAGUUUCCUAUGAUCCAUCUGCCUACAUACAAAAAGUAAGGACAACAAGAGCAGCUCCACCAAAACCGGCCUACGAUCCAUUACAGUUUGUACAAUCAAAACCGUGCAAUUUAGUGAAAUCUGCUCAGGAGCAGGCGAAAAAAGUUGAAACGAUAAAAAAUUUAAAAGAUGAUAAGAUAGACGAACCCGAGGAAUGGCAAUGCAACUUAGAUAAUUGGAAAUCAUCGAGAAGGAAACGUGUCGAGCAUAUAAUCGAUCGUGUGGUAGAGGUGAAAAAAAUCGAACUUGAAGAACACAAUCGACAAAGAAGAAAAUCUAAAACAUUCAACGAGAUGAUUGAAGAACGCAAUUCGAGACGUCACAUACCUUUGCCUAUAUAUACCGAUGACGACAAUGAUUUGACAGACCUAGGAAUAUGCAGCCCUGAUUCAUCAAGUAAAAUUAACCCGAACGUAACGAGAGAUGAACAACCAGAUAGCAAUCCAACCACUACCAUCGAUUUGAGUGAAUACACGUACGAGGGCGCAAUUGAAGAUUACAAAAGUAGAAUAUCACGAGCUGGACAUGGUGUUAGAAAAAGUGAAAUCAAUCAAUGUAAACAGAUAUACUCUGACGAAAAUCAUAACGUAGGGAAUUCAUAUGCACACAAACUUGGAGUAAAUACAAAAAACGAUGAAUAUAAGGAUAACACACUAUUGUCUGAUAUGCCCAAAAUUGACAUAUUGAAGCGAAAAGAAUUGUUUGAAAAGGAACAAAUAAAUUGUGCAUGUGAAAACAAGCGUCACUCCACGGACUUUGUCAAUACUGUAAGCAUGAGGGAGCGAUUAUCGCAAUUACAACUAUGUCAAACAAAUGAUUCCAAAGAGAACGAAAAUGACAUAGGUAUAAUUAAUUCGCGAACGGGUAUUGUGAGAAGUAGAUCAAAACUGUUCGAAGCAGAGAUAACCAGUACUGUCGGAAAUCCUGAAAUGACACCGAAGGACUCCAUCAAUUUUUCAUCAUCUGCAAAACAUAAUAAUAUUCAAGGGGUUGUAAAGGACAAUAACCCUGCUGCUUUGGAAAGCAUUACCAAUUCGGUAUCUGUUGAAAAUAUAGCAAACGAUUCCGAUGUUACAGAGAGAUCAAGUGUUGCGAAUAUGUAUGACACAAUUCUAACGCAACAUCAAAUACCAGAACCGACAGAUAUUGAAAACGUGGACACGGACCACGAAGAUAGUGGUGUCCAUACUACGGAUGUAUCUUGUUCAGUUUCCCAAACCGAGGAUCAGAAUGACGAAAUAGGGCAGCACAUUGAAGCCACAGCGACAAUAAAGCUUAACGCUGUGGAUGAUUCUGACGAAACGAUAUUUUUAAGGCAACGACGAAACGUUGAAAAAACUUACGUAAUCGACGCUGAUAAUUUUAUACAAGUAGAUAGCGAUGAUGCGAAUAACGACAAUGUCCUUGACGAUGCAUUGGAAAUUGCCUUCCAACAGAUAGAUAACAUGGACGGAAUUGAUACACAAACAAAACAAUCAACAGAACCGGAGCCAAUUUAUCACAACAUUAUGUGCAAUCAGGAAGGAUUAUCACACGGUAUUUCAAAGCCCACAAACGAUGUUGAACCCUACUAUCAAGUUCCCAAAGUACCACAUGAACCUUUUUACGAAGUACCAAAGACUAUUCCAUUGUAUGAGAAUAUAGCUAUGUUUCAUCCCACUUUACGCAAAGAAGAUACUACAGCUAACGAUGGCUUAGAAUACACAAUCCGCAUGCACAAUCCCGAACCACCGAAGGAGAAACCCCCACCUCCACCAGUCCAUUAUGAAGACGCAGCCUUGGGAGAUAACAGCUUCAGCAGUAGUAAUUCAACGAAUCGCAUAAAGAACACAAUUCGUAGUAAACGAUCGAGCUUUCUUGCUAUGGAUGCUGUGCUAUCGUUGGAUGAAACAUCAAACGAGCUUGAUGCAGCUUCUUCUCCUAGCGUACAUUCAACUCUUCACAAUGAACAGCUUAAAAGCAGCUUAUAUGAUAAUUAUGAAUUUGCCGAGAGCCGGGAUUCAGGAAUGUCGGAGAACCAUUCUCGUCAAAGUAGCGAUUUAUUUACAACAUCAUCAGAUGAUCCCGAGUACAACGUUAAAUCGAAAGACAACGAAACACACAUUGUAUGCAGAAACUACCCCUCAACUUCUUUUCCGAAGCAUGAAUUAUUCCAACAAAAUAUCGAUAGCGGGACGAAAUAUCAAUCCUACAACAAGCAACUAGUAGAACAUCUGCGUGUAAUUACUUUUAAGCCAAACACAAUCGGGAAAUAUCACGAAGCUGACGAAACCCUGGCGGCAUUAGGUGAGGCCUGCUCUAUGCCCCGUUGCAAUAUUGACUUGACGCGCAGCCUCAGUGGAUACGGAACCUCUGUCGUGACGAAUCCGGAAAACAUCCAAUUGAUCGAACCACCUAUCACAAUCUGCAAAGCGUUUAUGAAGUUGUCCUUGACCAAAUCCAAUAGCAUGAAGAUGAAUCUAGGACUCGACAGGGUUCGUUUUUGUGUUUCGAAGUACCCAGAUUGGAUUAAAUCGAAAGACAACGAAACACACAUUGUAUGCAGAAACUACCCCUCAACUUCUUUUCCGAAGCAUGAAUUAUUCCAACAAAAUAUCGAUAGCGGGACGAAAUAUCAAUCCUACAACAAGCAACUAGUAGAACAUCUGCAUUCUGAUGAUACUCCUUUUUAUGUCAGCCCUGAAGAACAAAAGAAAAUACAUUACGACUAUGAUAAGGAACUCACAAAUUUCGUCCCGUCACCGAUUCCACCCGCAAAGCCGGUACGAUGUCUGCGUUGUCAACAAUACAGUUCAUGCGCCGAACACCAAAAAUUAUUUCCAAUUGAGGCUAACUUACAUUAUGACAGGGUCGAUCCCAAUAAAAUAUCAUUAUGUGAAAGUCAAGUCGCUUACCACAAUGCUUGUAAUAACAUUAACUUGUUGACUGACAGCCUCUUGCUUUUGCAUGGUCAAACAAGGACUGUAAAUAUUCCGCCAAAAAUAACAGCUUCUAAUGUAUCGAGCAGUACUUCGAAUAUCAAUGACUGGAAUCAGUAUCAUGUAGCGCACGACGAUGAAAAAGGGAAGGAUAUAUAUCAUGAUAGCAAAAGCUCAGUACAACGCAGAAAUACAGAAUUUUCCCAUCAUUGGAACAUUAAAUCAACAAGACAGUUGAACUUACAUAACAACUCACGCAAUCAUCACUGGCUUGUCCAAGAAGCUGACCAUCGGAGAAAUGAACAACAAACAAGCAUUCAUACCGUGUCGGAUCCUUUUCAAAAUAAGAAAGCAAAUAGAAAAUCAUUGCCAGACUCUGUGAUACAAACCAUUACACAACGUGUACAAAACCUCGGGAUAGGCGUAGAUCGACGGUGGCAACAUGAUGUACCUAACAUGACUUAUGAGCCAACAAUAGAAGGAGGAACAAAAUCCAGCAUUAUGAACACUCAAAGUAAUCCGCAUCUCAGUGAAAAUGGUGAGAAAAUUAUCAGCGUGAGCGGGAAGAAAAAAUGUUCUCAUUGUCAAAAUGAAUUAGGACGUGGUGCAGCUAUGGUAAUCGAAAGUUUAGGUUUGUUAUAUCAUAUUGACUGUUUCAAAUGUUGCGUGUGUCAUACACGGUUAGGGGAUGGGUUCAAGGGUACUGACGUUCGAGUGCGCAAAUAUAAGCUACAUUGCCAAAACUGCUUUUCUAGCGAGGAUGGGGUUAAAUUCAGUUGUGUGUAAAACACGGAUGAUCACUUUUUGUAUAUACAUAUAUAGUUGAAUUCAUACUUUGUAAUUGUUAUUUUUGUUAAUAAGUGAUGGAUUUAUUUAAACUUGAAUAAAAACGAAUAUUACAGCGA